AGAUCCGGGAAUUCCGAAGGCGGGGUCGGCGAUGCCCGCGCGCGGAGGCCGCGCCCCUCCUGGCCCUGGCUUCUUCGCUGUCAAACAGCCGCAGGAGCACCAACCCCGGCCGGAUCCCGACAGGUCCUGGGCUGCGGCACAGGCUGGCAUUGCCUGGAGAGGGAACCAUUCCGAGACUGCACAGCGCGAUUGAAGGCUCCUGGAAUAUUUUGCGGCCUGAGGGAGGAUCCGAUUCAACUUCGUGCCACAGGACGCCUUCUAUUUUGCACUACACUGGAACUUUCACCAAAUUUUUUCAGUUGCAAAGCUAUUGACAGCCAAUUUUACAUCGCAUCCUAGGUUCCCUGCACCCUGAAUUUGCCCUACUCAGGGAGUGUGCUCAAAGUCGAAAUUGCACGAAGGAUAGCUCAAGUUUGCAUCAGACGGAAAGUGAAUUUAGGCCAGCUGUGCAUGGCCCAGGGCGGGGACAAGGUGAUGGAUUCCUGAAGUGAAGAGGUGGUGCCGAGGGGGCCCCGCCCAUGCUGCCCUGCUUCCAGCUGCUGCGCAUAGGGGUCGGCAAGGAUGUCGAUCUCCACACCUUCCACCCCCCAAGUGGAGCUGGCUGCACCUACCGCUUGGGUUGCAGGGCCGAUCUCUGUGAUGUGACCCUGCGGCCACAGCACGAGCCAGGCUUCAUCUCUGGGGUCCACGCAGAGCUGCAUGCGGAGCGCCAGGGUGAUGACUGGAGGGUCAGCCUGGAGAACCACAGCAGCCAAGGGACUUUGGUCAAUAACGUCCGACUCCCAAGAGGUCACAGGCUGGAGUUGAGUGAUGGUGAUCUUCUGACCUUUGGCCCUGAAGGGCCCCCAGGAACCAGCCCUUCAGAGUUCUACUUGUUUCAGCAAGUCCGAGUCAAACCUCAAGAUUUUGCUGCCAUUACUACCCCACGAUCUAGGGGAGAAGAGGGAACCGGGGUUGGUUUCCGGCCCAUGCUGCCCUCCCAGGGGGCUCCACAGCGCCUCCUCAGCACCCUCUCCCCAGCCCCCAAAGCAACGCUGAUCCUCAACUCCAUUGGCAGCCUCAGCAAGCUCCACUCCCAGCCCCUCACCUUCUCACGGAGUGGGGGUGGGCCACAGAGUCCGUCUGUUCCCACUCCCACCGGGGAAGUGGGGACCGCCCCUUCUGCCCCACCCCCAAGAAACCGGAGGAAGUCUGCUCACCGCGUGUUGGAAGAACUGGAUGAUGAGAGAGAGGCUCCCAAGUGCCCCUCACCAGUCCUGACGGAGCCUAAGAAGAAACUCCGUGUAGAGAAAACCCCACUGACACCCAGUGGAAAUCGGCGUGGGCGUCCUCGGAAGCACCCACUGAGCAACCCCAGGGCUCCCCCUGCAGUUGGGGGCGGGGAGCCCUGUGCAGCCCCUUCUUGCUGCCUACCCCAAGAAGAGACAGUGGCCUGGGUUCAGUGUGAUGGCUGUGACAUCUGGUUCCACGUGGCCUGUGUUGGUUGCAGCAUUCAGGCUGCAAGGGAGGCUGACUUCCGGUGCCCAGGCUGUCGUGCAGGCAUCCAGACCUAAGGCCCACCACCAAAGCAACAGAAGACAGAGCCGGCACCUCCAGGCCAGGGGUGGACACUAAGGGUGCCAAUGGAUCCUAAGAGCUGCCCUCUUCUGUCCUUGCCUCUCCAGGAGGGAAUGACUACAGGAGAAGUGUCCACUCCUGUGGAUUAUCAAUUCAAGGCCUGGAGCAGGGCCUCGUGGCCACGGUGACAGAAAAGAUGGCUUCCUGCCAAAGAUAUUGCUGCCUCCAGGACGUUACCAGUGAGCUGGAAAUUCCCACUGUCACAAGCUGUGGGUCCUUGCUGUGUGGACAUUAGAAUGUCUGUGGUCAAGAGCACCCAUCAAUUGUACAGGUCAUGCCUGGGAAGUUAUAAGCUCCAGCCUUGAACAAGCAAGUUCUUAAUGUUUUUGAUGGUAUCGCCUAAGGUAUCUCUGGGAAAACCUAGAGCACAGACCCCAAACUUCCUUACAUUGUGGGUGAUCCUGCUGCUGACUGUGACCUGACUUCAGAGCUUUGCUUCCAUUUCCAAAUAAAGAAUGAGCAGCUUCAUACGCUCUAAGGUA